GUAACAAACGUAAGUGGGUUUCUUUGCCGCUGGAGGAGGCGUCCACGGACGACGGCGACAAGACGCCCGGCGGGGGUACGGCACGCUCAGACGCAGAGCCCACCAGCGACUCACCUGACCCCGUGUCGCCCAAUCACACACUCCAUAGUAACAGGGCGCAUGAUAGCAGCAGGAGUUGGAGAAGAGAGCCUCGGGAGUUUGGGGACGACACCACCAGCGUCAGAACUGACGGCGGGAGCGUUCGUGGAGGAAUACGAGGCCGGGGGAAAGGACGUGGGCGUGGGAGAGGUCGAGGCCGAGGCCGCUACGAAUUCUCUCAGAGCUUCAGAGACUCUCAGUCGUCCGACGGCUCCGUUCAGGUUCCCUCAGAGUUCGGCACCAACAUGGUUUAUUACUACGAUGAUGGAAACAAGGUCCAGAUGUACACGGUGGAUGAAAAGCUCCUGAAAGAAUACAUCAAACGACAAAUUGAGUACUACUUCAGCCUCCACAACCUGGAGCGAGACUUCUUCCUGAGGAGGAAGAUGGACGCUCAGGGCUUCCUCCCCAUCUCCCUCAUCGCCAGCUUCCACAGAGUGCAGGCCCUCACCAUGGACAUCAGCCUCAUCAUGGAGGCCCUGAAGAGCAGUAAAGAGGUGGAGCUGGUGGAUGAUAAAGUUCGCUGUAAAACUGACCCUGAGCGUUGGCCCAUCCCCACCCCCCCCAUCAUUGGCUCCCCUCGUACUGACUUCUCUCAGCUCAUCAACUGUCCUGAGUUUGUCCCUCGACAGAACCUCAGCGCCACAAACUCUGCAUUCUUCUCCCUCUUCUGUUUCUUUAUUUUCUCCUCCUCCAACAUUCUUCUUCUUCUUCCUUAACAGUCUUCUUCCUCC